AUGCGGACCGAUAUUCUUCUUCUUGCCGACGUCAUGGAAAAUUUCCGUGCGUCAUCCCUCAAGACCUAUGGUCUCGAUCCUGCAUGGUAUUACACCAUGCCCGGCUAUACUUGGGAUUGCAUGCUCAAGUAUACUGGGUGUAAGCUGUAUAUCAUCAAAGACAUCUACAUGGUGAUGUUUGUGGAGCAGGCGAUAAGAGGAGGAGUAUCGGUUUGUUGCAAUAGGCGACCUGAAACUGACCCCUCGUCAAAACCCGGCACAUCCGAGGAUCUCUCUCGAGACUCGGACGUGUCUGAUCUGGCCUCGGAUUUCUCGAAGGUUAAGGUGAAAAGGCCCUGUGGUGCUGAAAGGAAGAGGAGGAAGAAAGAGAGGGAAAAGGAAGCAAUCAAAGCGCCUUCGUCCUCUCAGGGAACUUCCUCGAAAUUCCUUGGCGCGAAAACAGUGGCCGAGAGACGGCCUAAGGAUGACCUUAGGGGAGCGCAAGGGAAACCUGGAAGUGGUGGGCCUCAAAGGAGAUCCACUGCAGAAGGUGAGCUGGGGGUCCAAGGAAGACCGAGAAGGAGAGAAGCCAGAGGCGUCCGUAGAAAUGGAUGCCUCUGA